UGGUAAAAGGGUUAAGUCAAAAAGUUGGUUCUCAACUGGAGUUGCUGCUAUAUCUUCAUUUGUCACAGAAUUGUAGUUGAGACUAUGUUCCAUUAAAUAAUUAUGUAGCACACAAGUUGCCUUCACUAUUUUUAUGGCUGUAUCUACUUUGCACUCAAAAGGUCGUUUGUAAACUCUCCAACGGACACUCAGAAUUCCAAACGCAUUUUCGACCACUCGUCUUGCUCGACAAAGACGAUAAUUAUAAAUUCUUUUAUUUUGUGUAAUGUUGUUUUCUCUGGGAAAUGGUCUCAUCAAAUUACAUAAUAAAGGGAAUGCUUCAUCCCCGAUAAAGACAUAUGGAACCUCGAUGCCACCUUCUACAAGUGCUUCAUCAGGCGGAAGAUUUAGAUUACCAGCAAAUAACUUCUGACCAAAGUUGCUUUCUCGUAAUAUUCCCCCAUCACUAAAUUUGCCUUUUGAUCCAAUAUCUAUCAUUAUAAUUUUUUUUUUACUAUCAGUAACCGCUAAAAGCACUAUUGAGUGAUCUUUAAGAUAGUUGAAAUAAUCUGAUCCACAGUUUGGAGGUGCUUUUAUUGUGACAUGCUUGCCGUCAAUAGCUCCAACGCAAUGAGGGAAGUCACAUGAAGUUUUAAAAUUUUCAGCAAUAUUUCUCCACUUAUGUUCAUCUUUAAUUUCUUCUAAAUAUAGAGGCGCUAAGCAAUCCCAUAUAGCAUCGGCAACUUCAUCGAUUAUCCUUGCUACAGAGGUUUUUCCUACUCUAUAACUGUAAGCUAUGGUGUGGUAUGAAUCUCCUGUUGCCAUAUAUCUGUAACAUACAAUUAUUAUGUUUUUUUUUUGUUCUAGGUAAGGAAGCUAAAUCUCAUUGGAAAAAAUUAAGAGAUAGUCAUAGAGAAGCUCUUCGAAGACGUAAGACUUACUACAGGACAGGCAGCACAAAAUAUGAAACCGUGGAAAUAUGAGAAUUUAAUGGAAUUUUUACUGCCACACAGAGAAAAUAACGAGACUUUUUCAAAUUUUUCGAAUCCUACACAAGGACACGACACUGAAAACACAUCUGAUACAAUAAUUACGGAUAUUGAUAUUGUUGGAUCACCUCCCCCACCGGCUGAAUAUUCACUCUCAACAACAUCUACAAUUCAAUCUGGGAAGAAGAACAGCAAGCAACUGGAAAUUACUGAGAUUAUUCAGCGCCGAGAGAAAAAUCGAGAGCAAAGACGAGCUGAAAGAGAUGAAAUAAGAAAGCAUAUUACUGAUGCUAAUCGACCACAAGAUGCAUUAUCUCAUUUAUUUGAAAGUUUCUGUCAAAAGACACGUGAUCUACCAAAGUACUUACAACUACGAGUCCAAAGAGAAAUUUUUGAAACAAUUACUCGUGCUGAAGAAGAAGCAUUGUCCUAUGACUCAAUGAAUACUUACUACUCCUCCACACCUUCCAAUUCGUCUUCUUAUGGCUAUAGAAGCGCCACAAAUUAUCAAACCAGCCCUUUGCUUGAUGCCAGCCCCUUGCCUGAUUGCAACCCCCUGCCUGAUGUGAGACCCGUGCUUGACGCCAGCCCCUUGCCUGGUUGCAGCCCCCUGCCUGGUUGCAGCCCCCUGCCUGAUGUGAGACCCGUGUCUGACGCCAACCCCUUGCCUCAACCUCGAGAUACAUUUCCAGCUGUUUGAAUCUCGAACCAUUCAAAAAUAAUUAAUAAAAAAAACAUACCUAAUGGCGAUGGCGAGUCUUUCAGCAGAACUUAUAGAUUCCCGAUAAUUAGUAUUCCUUUUUUCUAUUUUACUUUUAAUCAUUUCAUGAAUAAUCUGGAAGUCUUUUCGUGAUAGUCGAUAGUAAUUUUCAAACUUUUCAUCACUUAAUGUCAUAAAUAAUGUUUUGUAUUCUCCAUGUUUAUUUCUGAAUUUAAUAUGAUUUUCAAUCCAGAACCGGUGUUUUCUUUUCUUUUGCAAUUCACCCAAGACUAGAUCAUCAAUCUCACUUUCGGAUUCAUCGUCAGAAGAACUGUCUAGCAAAGUCAGUGUCAAUGCCAUUCUAUCAGUACCUCGAUACGAUUUAUACGAGAAACAUGAAAUGCGUCCGUUCCACAAGGUGUAUGACUGAAAACUGCGCUGCGAUAAGCAAGCUGUACAUAGUCGUGGGUCAUAUUCGUGUACUCCAGUGGAAACGUAGACCCACGUUGACAGCGUUGAGCUAUGUAACCGCCUAUUCGAGCAAGCCACGCAUGUAUCAAUGACGUCAAUUCAUGCGUAGCCUCUCCGUGGGUUGCAGUGGACACAACCACAUACAUUUUCUUACAAAGCGAAGCUUAAUACACGUGCGUAGCCUCUCCGUGCGCCGCGGUGGGCCCGCGCCUUAACUACAACGACGCAUUUGCUAUGCUAAAGGCACGUUUUGGUAACAAACGCAUUAUUGCCAACUCAAUAUUGAAACGAUUGUUUACACAAAAGAAGAUAACCUUGCAAACGGCUAGUAACAUCAAAGCGAUAUUGGAUACGACGACUGAAUGUCUGAACGCACUGACAAACCUAAAACUGUCAACCAGCUCACUGGAUCCACUCGCACACUCUCUCAUUGUAUUUUUAGUCGUUCAUAAAUUGGAUCCAGAGACGCAUCGUGAAUGGGAAGAAGUUGCGUAUGAUGCCACUAACGACGAGUUACCUAAAUGGGACGCAUUGAGCAAGUUUCUACAGUCAAAGUUCCGCACGCUCGAGCUUAUUACAUCUGCAAGUAAAGAAAAGCCUUCAUCUAGAGGAAAAGAAUACGCUGUGCACGUGUCUACGUCAAGUACAUCAAAACCGAGAUGCUGCGUUAUGUGUGAAAAGGAUCACACGUUAUGCCAUUGUGAGGAGUUCAUAAAACUGAGUCCAGCAGAGAGAUGUGAGUACCUAAAACAAAACAAACUAUGCUACAAUUGUCUGGCCCCAGGACAUUCCGCAUACAAAUGUCGCCUGCGGAUGUUCUGCCGAAAAUGUCACAAACGUCAUCACACGCUCACGCAUCAAUCAAUACCAAUGACGUCACUAAAUCAACCAGACAACAUGAAUCAACAAGACAAGUUUGAAACCCAUCAAGAUUCUGCAAAACCAAAUAAAACAGUAUGGAGAAAUCACGUCUUUUUCUUACCAUCGAACUCCUACAAGCAAAUCUGAACUUUAAAAUCUGAUCAGCAGUUGUGGGCAAGCAGAAGGUAACUUAAAACUUUAUAAGGUACAAUGUGAUAAAAUACACAUCACAGUAAAACAGCAGGCAGUGCUUAAUUUUAAAUUACUUACAAAAGGUGAAACAAUACGGUAUGCAGCUCAAUGUCUACCGCUAAAUUUGCAUUUACCUUCAGA